GGCAGUCGCUAUCCAGGGACCAAUCGCUCCUCUGUCCACAUCACAGCCACAGGACUUCAGCACUAGUCGCCUACUUUUGUGAGAUCCAACCCCGAUUUCAAUAUUUCAACAUUUUACUAAAAGCAGUGAGUGCAGUGUCAUAAGGGCUCAUUUUAAAACAACUAGAAACUGAAUAUACACGACAUUUUCAAAAGAGCUAUUACCUUUUAACCCACUGGAUAGGCUACCUGGAGACGAUGUUGAGCGCGUUUUCUAUCGUUGUGGCUUAGAACAGGUGAACGAAUAGCGACAUUAUCAAAGACCACCAAGAACAAAACACUGAUCAGACACCCGAAGGUGCUGCCCAACAACAUGGACCACACACUCCAGAGACUUCAUCUCCUAGUCCCGACCGUCAUCACUCUCUGGUCUUUCCCUGUCUCGAUGGCUGCCAGUGUGACCCCAAGUGGGUGUGGCUCCAACGUAGGCUCCCUGUACUACAGCCUGUGUGACCUCAGUGCCGUAUGGGGCAUCGUGCUGGAAGCGUUGGCGGCGGCCGGCGUGCUGGUCUCCAUCGUCCUCUUCAUCGUCCUCCUGGCCAGCCUGCCCUUCAUCACAGACAAGAAUAGGAUGUGCUCCGUGGGCCUCCAUGCCUGCUUCCUGAUCAGUACCCUGGGCCUCUUCUGCCUCACCUUCUCCUUCAUCGUAGGGAAGGACUUCGCCACCUGUGCUUCGCGACGCUUCCUCUUCGGGGUGCUGUUCGCCGGGUGCUUCGCGUGUCUUCUCAUGCAGUGUGUGAAGCUGAACUUCCUGGCCCGCAGGGGAGAUCGGGGGCCCCGGGCCUCGGUGCUGUGUCUGGGAGCCCUGGGACUCUGGCUGGUGGAGGUGGUCAUCAACACGGAGUGGCUGAUCAUCACUGUGGUUCGAUAUCCUCUCAUGGUACUCAACGCUACAGGGAUAGCACUUGGCACAGCCACAGACGUGCCUUGUAACAUCGCCAACCGGGACUUUGUCAUGGCGCUGAUCUACGUAUUGAAUCUUCUCCUAGCUGUCAUAGUGGCUUCCUUACCCACCCUGUGCGGGAAAUACAAACAGUGGCGCAAGGAGGGAGCCUUCAUCCUCGUCACGGGUCUCCUCUCUGUGUUCAUCUGGAUGGCCUGGAUCACCAUGUACGUCUGGGGGAACCUGAGGACCGGCACACUCAGCUGGGAUGACCCUACCCUGGCCAUCGCCCUGGUCAGCAACGCCUGGGUGUUCCUGAUCCUCUACACCAUCCCAGAGAUAUGCUCUCUGACCGGGGAAGAGGAGGGGGGAGCGCCAGGGUUCGGAGAGGACCUGAGCAGAGGUGUGGGCUAUGAGAAUAUCCUGAGGGAGCAAGGAGCCCAGAGCAUGUUUAUGGAGAACAAGGCUUUCUCUAUGGAUGAGCCCAACUUCGGUCCCAAAGUUGUGUCUCCAUACAGCGGCUAUAGUGGUCAGAGCCACCAUUCUGUCUACCAGCCCACUGAGCUGGCUCUCAUCAGCAGGGGAAUGGGGAAUCAGGAAAUGUCUCACAUCCCCCGAGCCUCCACCAACAACAGCUCCGUGGCCCACAGCGGAGGCAGUAUCCUGUCGGGUCGCUCCGACAAGACAGCGGACACACAGACCCAGCAGGGCCACAGUGGGAAUGGACUACAGAAGAUAUCCCAGUGGUGAACACAGACUACUUUACACCUCUCUCCUCAAGACAUAUUUAUUGCUACAGUUUCCUCAUGUUGACUCUAUUUUGCUGUUGUCCAUUGCAUCCUUGAUAUGAGAUGGUUUUAACGGGACCCAUCACAAUGAGGCCUACCUGAACUCUGACCUAUCAGCCUAUCAGACUCCAGAGGUGACGUUUAGGUGAACGACACGAACAGUUUGCCCUUUGUAAAACCCCUAAAGAUUGGACAGUCCUGUGUACGACAUAACCUUCUAUCGAUAGAUGGACAGUGUCCUACAGGUCUGUCCUGUCCCUGUUCCAGUCCCUGCCCCAUCUGUCUGUCUGACAGAAGUCAAAGCAACCCACGGAGAGCAGGCCCAUGGCGUUGGGAGAGAACAAUACCUUUUGCAGAGGUCAUCUCUGACUAUGAGCUGAGCUCUCCACUGGACACACUGUGACAGAUGAAAUGUGAGCUAACAGCAUUGAAAUACUAGUCUCACUCUCUCUUAGCAUGUGGGGGUGUAUUUAGGCUACAAAGAUAGAUAUAUACACACACACACACACACAAUAG